AUGAAUGACGCACAGAAGAGUAUCGUCGACAGGUUACAGCCUUACACGACCUGCGAUGUCAGUGACGCGCUCUGCAAGCUUAAAGUGACCAAUGGCGGCUUCCUAUCCGGACUCACUAUGUGGUCACCGGCCCGACAGGAAGGGCAAACCAAAAUCAUCGGUCCAGCAUACACGGUGAAAUAUGUGCCUGUGGACUCCCCGGAGCCAAAGCUUACUUCGCACUAUAUCGAUUCCGUGCCCGAUGGUUCCGUUGUCUUCGUCUCAUCACCCAAGACGCCGAAUGCUGUCUACGGUGGUUUGAUGACGCAUCGAGCCCGUGCCAGAGGCGCGGUAGGCGCUGUUAUUGAUGGGAGAUUCCGUGAUCUCCAGGAGCAUCGUGACGUUCAAUUCCCGAUCUUCGGACGCGAUAUUGGCACGUCUCCCCCUUAUGAAACUGUCAAAGUCGCCGCUGUAAAUGUUGCAGUUAGACUGCAGACGCCUGACCAAGAUAUCACUAUCCACCCUGGAGACUACAUGAUUGCCGAUCUCAACGGCGUUGUUGUCCUGCCGUCUGAUCUGGUAGAAAAAGCGAUUCCUCUUAUGGCCAAACAAGUCGAGGCAGAUAGUAAAGUUAUGGAAGCGUUGGACAACGGAAUGGGUUUCACUGAGGCUGUUAAGAAAUUUCGAUGA